AUGGCCAAUGUGAAUAAUCCCCCGAGAUCAGAUCGCAUCGGCCUUAUACGUGUUUAUCGCGGCGCGUGGUGCACAACCAUGUCAACGAACGCCUGGCCGACCAGCGCGAGCGAGCCAGGCGCCGUUCAACCCGUCGACAGCGAUGCCGCGAGUUCAUCAAACCACCAGCAAGGAUCCAACACGGAAGGAAAGGAGUCCAUUCGGGAAGGCAAGAAGGCCGCGAGAGACACUGUCAACGCGAUGAACACCGACUCGCCCGGGCCGGCGCAGCAGAACGGCUCGAAUGGCUCAGCGCAAACAAAUGGAGCUCCCCGAUUGUCUAGGAAACGAUCACGAGAUGGCACACAAUUACCUGUUAGCCAGAAUAGCGGCAACAGCGAGGACACGAACGGACCUCAGCCGUCGCAUGAUGAGAUCCUGCUGCACAGAUACAUUCAACGCGACCUGCUGCAUGGCGCGGCGAUGAAUGAUCAGUCAGAGCGGUCGCGCGACCUGCUUCUGGCCAAGGAGAGAGAAAAGGAGUUCUACGUGACCGAGGUAGCUCAGCGCCGAAGAGCGGAUCCAGGCUCGAUAUACGGCUACGGGUUCGCGGGAUUUGGCAAUGGCACUACAAAUGCGAAGAGCCAGAUCGUGUAUAGCAACAACCGCGGACCACCGAAAGGCCGAAAGUCGCGAGAAUUGCACGUGAAUCGCAAGGACACGCAACAACAGGCGGAGCAGCAUGAAGAGCUUGUCCCUAUACGCUUGGAUAUUGAAUUGGAAAAACUGAGAUUGCGCGAUACUUUUACUUGGAAUCUGCACGAGAAGUGUAUAUCGCAAGAUCUAUUCACGGACUACCUGCUUGAAGAUUUGAAAGUGCCACCGGAGAAUCUACAAGAGGUCUCGAGACAGGUCAAGGCGGAAUUUCAGGAACAGUUGCAGAACUUCUAUCCUCACAUCAUAGUUGAAGAUGGAGCUUUAGAGCCCGGACGGCCUUAUCACGAUCACAAGGACGACGAGAUGCGGAUACAGAUCAAACUCAACAUCACAAUUGGACGAAUUACUCUUGUGGACCAGUUCGAGUGGGAUAUAAAUAAUCCACUCAACUCGCCUGAAGAAUUCGCGCGCCAAAUGGCAUCAGAGAACGCGCUUUCUGGAGAGUUUACCACAGCCAUUGCACACUCGAUAAGAGAGCAGAGUCAGCUUUACACGAAAGCUUUAUAUUUGACAAAUCAUCCUUUCGAUGGCAGGAUAAUCGAAGACCCAGAAGUCCGAGAUGGCUUUCUACCAGCACCCAUUCACAGCGCCUUCCGACCACCUCAGACCCAGAAAGACUUCACGCCAUACAUGUACGAGAUGAGCGAAGCUGAGCUUGAACGAACAGAAACUUCGAUGAUGCGUGAACACCGAGCACAGAAACGACAGCUAAACCGGCGUGGCGGUCCUGCCAUUCCAGAUCUCAGAGAAAAGCCGCGAACUGUACGAUCACUGCUCGUGCACUCGGUCCUACCUGGCGCCGUGGAGACUUUCGAGACUACUGGCAUCCUCAAGACGCGCAGAAGCGGCAGAGGAGGUCGUCGCGGAGGGCGUGUCACUGAUGGGGACAUUGACUCUGAUGACUUGGACAGCGAAGAGUCUGGCGCAGAGUCUCCGGCUCCGACAGCACUACCUACUGCAGGCACUGCACGAACCCGUGGAAUGCGUGGCGCAGCUGCAGCAGCCCAGAUCAACAUGCGUGCUGGCUACGGACGGUCGCAAACACCAGAUUCUCAAAUACUCAGCGCCUCGAUUCCGGAGCCGCGAAGCUCGGCGAGACCUAGUAGGCUUCGCGAGGAAGCGGAUGCCGACGACGAGAAGCUCAUUGUUAAGCUUCACAUCAGCCGUGCGAAGUACAAGAAAUGGUGGGAUGACUUCCAGGCAAAGAAGCGGGCGAAAGAAUUCCCUCUAUCUGGAUAUGCCUCCGGACCUGCAAAUCUUGCACCUGGAACUCCAGGUCCAGGAGCGACUUCGACGCCAUCGAUGACUCCAAGAUCUCUGCCACCACGAGGCACACCGCAACCGAAUGGGUCCCACUCUCGCGCACCUUCGUCGGUGCGACAGCAACCUAACGUGACAUACGAUUCUAAGGGAGCAGUAACUGUAGACCGCUGGCCUGCUCCUGAAUCAGAACCUCCCCCACCGCCUUGGCUCGAUUCCGCUUUAGCACAGCUUAGUGAAGCCCACCCAGACGGCGACUUCACACCUUUAAUGCGAUCAUAUGUCAUCAACGUCAAAACCGGCGAGCUCACUAAAGGCUCAUUCGCAGUCGGUGAUCCUGUUCCCGCUGGUCGAAAAUUCCAAUGGCUGCCUAGAAUCAAAUGCAACGACUGUCCUGGCAAACUUUAUACCGCAAUUCCAGACAAGGUCAUUGAUCACUUCGGUGUACAUUUGAAGAACAGGAAUCAUAUUGCGGCUGUAGAGGAUAGGCUCGCUGGGAGGCCGAGAAGAAGAUGAAGGAAAGCGCCAACUUGCGUUGACUCUAUAUCUGUACAAAUGAAAUAUCAAAUAUGAUGACCGUG